AUGCUAGAGGCUAACGGAACGGCUAUUUCUCCUGAGCCCGUUCCGCUAAAAUGGACGUUACGCCUUUUAUACAUCUUUGUGUUUGUCGUGGGCAUUGCUGGUAAUGUGAUCGUGUGUGCUGCGGUGUUGAAACGCAAGCGUCUUCGAACGAGUAACAACCUUUUUACUUUCAAUCUUGCUUGUGCUGACCUUAUCGUUGUAACGAUUUACGUCCCAACACAAAUGACCGCUUUCGAGAAUGAACACAACUGGGCCUUAGGAGACAUUGUGUGUCGGAUUGCCUAUAUCAUCAUUCCACUAUGUCUGUCGGCCUCUAUUGGUUCUUUACUGGCCAUAACAGUUAACCGUUACCGUGCUAUAACUUCCCCACUGACGGCAAAACUGACAGAGAGAGGAAUUCAGGGGAUUAUCACUAGCAUUUGGGUCACGUCUCUGGUCAUAGCUUUGCCAAUAAUUUUUGUAGCGGGAGAAGAAAGGAGUAGUAGCGGACAGGUGUACUGCUCAGAGCCAGGCUGGCCCGAAGAUUCAGUAAUUGAUAAUGUUUAUUGGAUCUCUAUUUUUUUUCUUCAGUACAUUACACCUCUUGUUUUUAUAUGCGUUCUAUCGACCAUUGCUGCUUGUAAACUUAGAAGUGACGUCCUGUUUAAUACAAAAAGGGAAUCUCUUGUCAUCACAAAGGCUGUGCGAAAGCGAAUGCAGCAAGGUACUAAAAUAACCAAAAUGCUUUUCGCACUCGUAAUUAUUUACGCCAUUUGUAUGCUGCCCCAGCAUGUUGUGUAUUUUUGGAUGGAAUUUGGAAAUCUUAACCAGAUGGAAUUCAAAAUGUAUAUAUUCAGGUUUUCGAAUGUAUUCCCCAUGGCAAACUGUGCGUUAAAUCCCAUCGCAUAUGGGACAUUGAAUAAGGAGUUCAAAAUGGUUUUCAAGGGUCUUUUGAAACGUAAAUGGAAUUACAAGUCUUCAAUUUGCUUCAGAUGGAAUGACGAUCAAUAUCGCGAGGAUAUUAUCGAAGAGAAAGACAAUUCAGUCAUCUCCCUAAAAGUGAUUUGACAUACACUGGCUGAGUUAUUGAAAAAGUUCGAAGGAAGUAAAAGUGUUCUUUAGCAAAAUGAAAACCUAUGGUUUCCAUUUCAUAUCUGGAACAUAAAUCGAAAAAUUACCAUGAUAAUCAGAUUUAUCAAGGUCUUAUGCGUAUCGACCACUAGAUUUUUCUUAGAACUCAAUAUAAGCCGAACAAUAAAUUUUAGCAUUUAGUUUUGUUGAGUGAUAUAUCACUUGAUCGAUCUUAAUUCGAUUUUAAUUGAAAUUUAGUACGAAAGCCAAGAUUAAGCAAAUCUUUUCAGCUGCGUUAGGGAUUGUACCUACAUAAGAGAGCUUUACUAAGGUAAAAUAACUGUGAUGAAUAGAAAUAACUUACCGCUGAGGAAAAGAGUUCAAAAAGUGUGUCUAUCGGUUACCAGCUGCUGUCGUUAUCUGCAGUCAAUGUGUACAAAUUGAAUGAAAACUUCAAAUUUUAAUGUUAUAUCUUUGGACCUCGAACACAUCACUAAGUGAGACAAUUUAUGCAAAGUUUAGAUGCAUUUGCAUAGUUAGUCAAAACAUUUCUUAUUACACAGUAUGUCCUUCCUAGAGCUGAAAACAAGUCCCUAGAGUUCAACUGCCAAAGUUAAAAGUCAUGGAGGUAGAUGAAAUAUCCUGAUAACUGAGUUUUGAUUUCGGUACUAAAUGUUGUUCGUUUUCUCAAGGCUAAAGGCUUAUUAGCAACAAAGUUUUCUCAUUUUCUUGUGGUAGAAGGAUUUGUCAUUAUAACUUAGCUUAGUGAUUUUCUCUUACAGUGCUGAGCGCGAAUAUUUUCCUAGAUGGUGGAACAGCUGCAAAUGGUUGAAAUAAAGCCAAUUGUUAAUGGUAUUGCUUUCGUUGUCUUAGUUUGAGAAAUCGCUCAGUGACCAUAAUGAGCUUGAAUUGCAAUAUGAAGCCAAAUCGUGCGGAGACCGUAAAUGAAACAUAUGUUAAUAAGGCAAAAAGAAAUAGGUGGUGCUCUAGGCGUCGGCCUCAGAACUUGAUGCCCUGUAUUGAAAUACUAAAGCCUCCAAUGCCUCUUAUUGUUUCGUGUAACAGUACUGUCGGUUCAUAUGAAAUUGAGAGAGAAAAUCAAGUCAAGAACAACUAUUUCAAGUUAUGAACGGAUACAAAAAUAAUUUGCUGAGGUAAACCUUUAAGGCACGGCAGCAGGUUCAGUAAUCGUUUAUUAUACUAAUUGUCAAUUAUUAACCAUUGAUUGUUUGAUAUAAAGGUUGUUCCUUAGGUAGUUUAUCACGAUAUCCAAUAUCAUUAGCGAUCACUAGGAGCCCCGAAGGUUAAAUGAGGGAGGGAAAACCAUUAAAAUGGUCUUUUCGCCUGGUCGAGAAAACACCACAUUCGUUUCAACCAAUUCCAUUUCGUCGUUCUCAUCGGACAAGAGUACAAACUUUGCAAUAACAAAAAAAAAAAACGUCCGUUGCUUGUAUUGGUUUUAAGCAAUUGCAUAAAUCGAACCAAAACUACUAUCCAAUCAUCUGCCAUUACCAUUUCCUCUGUUAAUCUAUACGCAUCGUUAUCGAACCACAAAAAAUCCCAACGCCAAUUCGUCUUGGCACUUCCAAGAUACCCUAUAACAAAAAGAGAAAACAUGACACAAAUACUUUCCAUUCAGAGCCAAUUAAAAUUAAUUUGCCGCAGUGAUUUGGAAUUGUAGUAAUUUUGGUGUCGUAAAUGUUUCUAAUUAGUCUGCGUCAAACGAGAAGGGUUAUGGCAGAACUAUUGCUUCCUGUCAUGUUUACCUUGAUGAGAAUGAAAGACAAGCCUAAGUGAUAAAGUGUUAAGUUUGACAUUUAUCGCCAGCCAAUGAAGAGAAAGGAAUUUUAAUUAAAAGAUGAGAAUAUUGCGAGGAUUGAUUUGAAAUGCUGGAAUUGUCUUUCUUAUUUGGGCCAGAAGAACGCAGACCGCAAGAGGAAUUCAGUCUAAUUGUGUGAACAAGACGUAUGUAUGGCUUGGGCGAAUUUUUAUCCAGACUCUAAACAGGACUUAGCAUGGAAACCUUUUCUGCACGGCGGAUGAAAGGUAAAUUCAAAUUUGAAAACAAAGAUAGAAAACUGACCACAGUGUCUUCGCCAGCUAAUUACUUGAAUACCUAGUUCUCUAGCCUAAAAAAAAGAAUUUAACUCCCAUAUUCCUGCUCUGGUAUACCCUGAGGCACAAUCAUUCCUUCCCAACACUAAACCAGCAUGUUGCCUAUAAACACAGAUCUACGCUGUGUGUUUUUUUAAAUCCCCUGUAGUUUCAAUUCACAUUUUAGUUUAGCGUCCACGCAGCUGUCUAACCACAGAAACUUGACAAGCUUUGUUAGUUAUUUACCAAACCAAGACAACCCGCACUGGUUGCAUAUCAUUUUACUCUACGAAAGUGAAACGAGGAUGUAAACUUUUCGUUAAGAAUCUGUGAACAUCUGCUCGGUCCAAAACAAAAGCUGCAAUUUAUUUCAUUCAAAGAAAUAUGAUAUCCGUAAGUUCUUAACACCCCGCAACGAAAACACACUUGUUAUCUCGCGGCAAGAAAUGAAACUCAUUAUCGUAAAUUUUGUCCAACAAGAGAUUGAAAAUCCCGAUACUUAACGUUCUUAUUUGAGAGUGUCAAAACAACACUUUUCAUGAACAUUCACCUGAAAUUUAAUACAGGUAUUAAGUUCCUUUGAUGAAACCUGUAAUCACUUAUUUCUCAAAACUGGUUUGGAAAAAAAGGUACAAAUUUUCGAUGAAAUCGUCAUCCGUACCCGGACUAAGACAUUGAGGUGCCUUGCAAUAAGAUGGCAAAUUUACAGCUGCCGCUGGCUAACUUGAAAAACACUUGUAGGUUAACGAUUACUAAGCUUUUUUGUGUGUAUCAUCAGCUUGAGCUAUCAAUCUUAAACUUCAAACAUUGACAGGUUGACAUGUCGUAGGGAGUUUUUUUAAUUUUGCAUACUUAUUACGAUACGGGUUAAAAUUAGAAUCUCUUCAAGUCUUCCCUGUAGCUUUUGUAAUGCGACCGAAGUAGGAAUCUAAUUGUGCCGGAAGAUAAAGCGUUUAAAUUCUAUUGAAAAGGUACGAUUCAAAUGUUUCAUUAUACUUUACAUUAGUUGGGUAUUAGAUGGUCGUCAAAAAGGCGCGAAUUCGCUCGCUCCUGCCUUCCCUGGGAUGCGUAUAGAUGUUUUUAAUCAAAACCAAACCAGUCGCCAAGAGUCAUUGAUAUUAGGAUCGAUAGAUCUAGCUCCGUAGCCUAAUUGCCAUAUUAGCGAGACACUUUGAAACCUGAACUCAGAGAAUUGUUUUCAAUAUUUUCUUUCAUCAAGAAAAAAGAUAUUGUAAAAUAGACAUUUUUUUUUCUAUCAGCAGUUAUAUAAAGGACAGUAACACUGGCCAUAGAAUUAUAUUUAUGGUUCAUUAUUUACAAACAGAACCUAAAAGAUAAGUUCAGUUUCAUUCAAGCGCCCGUAGUUCUUACUAGGUGGAUAUGACGAAUUGGACCGAACCAAUCAGAUUUGAGAAUUAAAAUAGACCAAGUUGAUUGUGACUUAAAUAAAAACACUGUGUUUAAUAAGCACAGUGUUUUCAUUGACAGGUGUAACAGCCGAGGAUAAAAACAAAAUAAGAAUUAAGACCUAUGCUGUUCUCGAAUCUGUGCAGAGACAACUCUGUGACAGGGUUCUUGUCAUAAGUUUCGCUGAAAUGAAAUUAUAAGUCGUCGAACAAAACCGAAAAAAAAUUAAAAAAUUUUCAUAUUUUUGUCGGUUCUGUGUAAAACAGGUACCGAAAAUUUAGAUAAGCUAUCACUUCCCACUGCUCCAAGUCAUGUUUUUCUUGAAACGAUGAAUUGCCAUGUAACGUAGGUGGAAAAUUUUGGGGGACCGUUCAGCGCCUUCUUUUACUAUGACUACCAAAGACAAGUGCAAUGAAUGUGACGUUCACAUUUAUUUAUGACCCAAAUAUCCACUACUUUUUAAGUGAAGCCGAAGAGUAGAAACUUCAAUUAAUGCUGACAUUUAUACAUAUUCAUGUAAUCACAAGGAGACAUAAUUUGCAUGAAAAAAGAUUGCUUGAACUUUCAUGUCCCUAUUUCGUCCCCGAAUGUAAUGCACGGAGGCAACACAAUCGACUUUCUAUGACUCAAAUUAAUUGACAAUUGCCUACAUAGCCUUAAAAGGGAAACGAUCUGGUUGGUAGGUUCUCAUCGAUCGAUUUUGCAAACUAUGAAAAAGUCUCUAUAAAGCAAAUAAUUUUAACUUUCUUUCACAAAAAGCUAUUAAAAAAUCACCAUAGACACAACAGAGAGCUCUUAUUCAUUAAUGAGUUUUCUUCAGUUUUCGUCAGCUGACCCCCUGCAAGCAUUCUCCAGUAGAAAGGUUAGUCUUUCUCCAUAUUCUUUCCCCUCCAUUUUCUACAAUAACUAAGGACAGAAUCGGCCGCGCCACGAUUGAUUAGUUAGCAAGCAAGUUAAGAUGAAGUGGCAAAAAUCAUUGAUCAUGACAGGUUUGUUAUGUAAAAUGACAACCGAACCUCAAGAAGAAAUUGUUUCUCACUGUCCUCGUCAAUGAAAAAUACACUUUAUCUAAAAGCUUGUAAUCAAUAACGUUAAGUGAUAAAUAUGCAAAGAACGGAAAGAUCUCCCCGACAACAUAUGGUUAUCAACGAAUUGAUCCCUGUUUAACAACCACGUUGAUUGACGAAAAACAAUGAGAUUCGUAUUUUUGAUCGAUUUACAAGUUUGCAAUAACAAAGCGUUGCGAUAAAGUUACGUUUAACGUGUAAUUUACCACAAAGAAGGAAGUUUUAGUCGAGCAAAUCUGAGAGGAUCAUAUUGUACAAGGGAGUGAUGAGGAUGAGUUAAAGCUCCUGGACUGAUACUGGAUACCUGGAAAAUAUGCUGCCGAACAACAGAAUAUCUUAGGGAGUUUAAUUCAAGAUCUUGUUUUCUGGUAUAAGAUUGAACAUUUUUCGAUAGUAAUUUUGAAAAGUUAGUGUUAAACGAUUACGCGGUAAAUACGGUGUGCAUAAACCUUAUUAGUUUUAUCUUCGCCUCCAUUGAGAGAAGCAUAAAGUGAGUUUGUUAACAAACGGGUUGGAAACAAAGCGUACAAAGUGAGGUACAUCUUAAUGCCUCAUAAACCCCCAACAACAGGACGAAAUUUGAGAGUACCAAUUUUUUUACUUUGUAUAAUGGUUUUGCAGUGUUACCUUUCAUAGCAUAAGCCUUUCAGAGAUUUGUCGCGACAUUUCGAGAGCCUACUGUGUUACGAGACAAAGUUACUUUUUCCUCAUUCCCAGCGCUCAACUUAUUAUUCUGUGCUGCGACAAGACGCCAGUGUAUUUUUCGAGAAAUACAGUCGAUCCGUCAUCUCUAACUCCCACUUCGAUGCAAAAACUUCAGAAAAAUGGGGACCAAGAAAUUCUUCUUUAGUCCGUAAAGACGUCGAGGUGGGGAGGAGCACAGAAAGGCGAAUAUGUAUAACUAAACUGAAAGAAAGAUACAUAUCAACGAUAAUUGUUGCUCCACGCAUGUAUGUGCGCUACUCACAGCAGAACGAAGAUCCAUAUGUUUUUCACCUUUUUACUCUUUAGAUUGGAAAGAAGAACCUCAGUCAGAACAGUGAUAGACAGCCGAUGAUUUUCCGGACUAUUUGUCGCCCAAUCAGGCUAGCUACACGCUAA